AUGAACGAGGUUUGGAGAUCGAAAAGUACUUUGCUGGUGGCAAUCUUCUUGGUUUGCAACUUUUGUCUCGUGGGCUUGAGUUUUUGCGGUUCACUCAAUGAAGAAGGUGUGGCUUUGCUGAGUAUUAAACAGAGAAUUGUGAGUGAUCCUCGUGGGGCUUUGUUAAGUUGGGUUGAUGAAGUAGGAGUUGAGAGCCCUUGUUCUUGGUUUGGAGUUGGUUGCUCAGAUGGAUAUGUUGUUUCUUUGAACCUUAAGGAUCUCUGUCUGAAAGGUUCACUUGCUCCUCAAAUCGGGAAGCUAGUUCACCUCAAGUCCAUAAUUUUGCGCAACAACUCAUUUUCUGGUGUCAUCCCUGAAGAGAUUGCAAAAUUAGAAGAAUUAGAGAUUUUAGACCUUGGAUAUAAUAACUUCAGUGGGCAUGUUCCACUUCAGCUUGGCAGCAAUUUCUCAAUGACGAUUCUCUUGUUGGACAACAAUGAAUUACUUGUCAGCACAUGUCCUGAAAUUUACGUACUUCAAAAGCUAUCCGAAACUCAAGUCGAUGAGGACAUUUUAUCCAGAACCAAUCAGGCAUCAUCUUGUGAUAGCUUAUUAAUAUCAAGAGAUUUGGUUCCAACAAGAAACAUAGCCGGGCGUGCAUUAUUACAAGCACGUCCUAUGGAGGGAAUACCAUACUUCAGAUUUCAACCGACACCACAAACCCCAAGAAGAAAUAAUCCUCCGCAUCUCGCAUUUGCUCCCUCACCAUCUCCAUCUCCAUCUCCAUCUCCAUUGCCAUCUCCAUCUCCAUCUCCAUUGCCAUCUCCAUCUCCAUCUCCAUUGCCAUCUCCAUCUCCAUCUCCAUCUCCAUCUCCAUCUCCAUCUCCAUCCACAAAUCAAUCUCCACCAUCCAACGACACAUCUCGUGAUAAUCGUAUAUUUCCAUCUGCAGUUCCUGCACCAGAACAAAGGCCACCCACACAGAAUAAUAACUCCGCAAGUAAUCUCGGGCUCAUAUUGCUAGGAGCCAUAGGUGGGCCUGCAUUGCUUGCUUUUAUAGUCCUUUUUGUCUUCUGCUGUAGAACUGGAAAAGUGGGUUCUGUUAAGCCGUGGGCCACGGGAUUAAGCGGACAACUGCAAAAAGCAUUUGUAACUGGUGUCCCAAAGCUCAAGAGAUCAGAAAUCGAGGCCGCUUGUGAAGAUUUUAGCAACGUGAUUGGAUCAACAUCCGUUUGUACCUUCUAUAAGGGCACAUUAUCCAGUGGGGUCGAGAUAGCCGUCGUAUCAAUAGCUGCCACGUCAGCAAAAGAGUGGUCAAGUAAUCUCGAGACCCAGUUCAGAAAGAAGAUUGACACACUAUCAAAAGUGAAUCACAAGAAUUUCGCCAACCUGCUCGGUUAUUGUGAGGAUGGUCAACCUUUUACUAGGAUGAUGGUUUUCGAGUAUGCUCCCAAUGGGACUCUCUUUGAGCAUAUACACAUAAAAGAAGCCGAACACUUGGACUGGCUAAUGCGGCUACGGAUAGCCAUGGGCAUGGCUUACUGCCUAAGCCACAUGCACCAGCUCAAGCCCCCGCUGUCCCACAGGAACCUAACCUCUUCAUCUGUCUACCUAACCGAAGACUACGCAGCAAAAAUCUCCGAUUUCGUCUUUUGGGAUUGUUCGCCCAACAGCCGAACGACCCCUCCGGACAAUGUCUACAGCUUCGGAGUCAUACUUUUCGAGUUGAUGACCGGUCGGCUCCCUUACUCGACAGGGGGUGGAGGCUCGGGAAUGAAGGACUGGGCGGAGGAUUAUCUUACGCGGGGGGAUUCACUGAGGGAUAUCGUGGACCCCACGCUGGCUACGUACAGCGAGGAUCAGCUGUUGGGGAUUGGGGAUGUGAUUCGGGCCUGCGUGGAUCCCGACCCAAUAAGGAGGAUUUCCAUGAGGGAGGUUUGUGAGAGGCUGAAGGGGGUGACGGGGAUCGGGCCUGAUGGGGCUGUCCCGAAACUUUCGCCACUUUGGUGGGCCGAGAUCGAGAUUAUGUCCAAUGAUGUUAGUUGA